CAGAAAAACAGUCGCAGAAAAACAACAAAGACAACCGACGCUAACAAAACGAAUUUAAUUUAUCAGAAAUCGAAUCGAACACUUCGCUCUGCUCAUCCGCCUGCGUAGUACUGUGUGUUUUUUGUGUUUCGCUCCCAGCGAACGGUGAAAAAGUGCAAUAAGAUACAUCGAGAGAGAAAAAAAAUAGAUACAAGCCAAAGGCCAGUGAAAGUGUAACCGAGAUAUAGAGAUUAAAAUCAGCAAAAGGAGGAGAAAACCCCCAGCAAUCAUGGCCACAUAUCAGCUGAACUUCAACCAGGACUUUACCUCCCUGUCCGUGUUGAGUCCCUCGGGCUUGCGCCUGUACUCGAUAGCCGGCCAGGAUAAGGUCGAGGAGAUCUUUGCCAAGGACAAUACGGAGCAGAUCCGAAUCGUGGAGCGUCUGUUCAAUAGCUCGCUGGUGGUGCUGGUCACCGCCCAGAAGCCCAACUGCCUUAAGAUGCUGCACUUUAAGAAGAAGCAGGACAUUUGCAACUGCUUCUAUCCUUCGGAGAUCCUGUGUGUGCGGAUGAAUCGCCAGAGGUUGAUCGUGUGCCUGGCGGAGAGCAUACACAUCCAUGACAUUCGCGACAUGAAGAUCCUGCACUCUAUCGAGAAUAUCGCCCCCAACGAGCAGGGUCUCUGUGCCUUGUCCCUGAACUCACACCUGGCCUUCCCCAUCUGCCAGACCAGUGGGGAACUGCGCAUCUUCAAUGCCAGCAAGCUGCGUACGGGAAUGACCAUCAAGGCUCAUGAUACGCCGCUCUCGGCACUGGCCUUCUCGCCCAGCGGAGCCCUGCUGGCCACUGCCUCCGAACGCGGCACUGUCAUCCGAGUGUUUUGCGUCAAGAAUGGUCAGCGGGUGCAGGAGUUCCGGCGAGGUGUUAGCUGUGUCCGCAUUGCCUCGCUGGUCUUCUCGGCCAACGGUGACUUCCUGUGCGCUUCCUCCAACACGGAAACCGUCCAUGUCUUCAAAAUUGAUGCCCGGGCCGUGGAGUCGGUCGAACUGAAGGCAAUCGCUGAAGUGGCUGCAAGUCAGACAAAGCAACCAAGGAGUCGACGAGCGUUCCUCCUGUUGCCGAGGAAGUCAACAGUGCGCCCACGCCCGUUGCCAGCUGGGGUGGAAUGUUCUCCAAGGCGGUGUCCUCGCUUCUACUGCCUCACAUGUCAGCGAAGUCCUGUCCCAGGAUCGAUCCUUUGCCACAGUGCAGCUAGCUCAGGCGGGCUGAAGCAUAUCUGUGCCCUGACCCGCGUCCAGAAGGAGUUGCGUCUGCUCAUCGCCUGUGAGGAUGGCUUCCUGUAUGUGCACGAGUUCAAUGCGGAGCGGGGAGGUGCCUGCAAGCUGCUGUCUGUCCACGAUCUGCGUGGCGCUCUGGAGGAUGUAAUCGAGCUGCAACUGAGCGAAAGUGUUGUAAAGUCACAGAUCAAGUCCACAAAUGCCACGGCACAGCCUUCGCUAACCAUGCUCAAGAGCUGUGCGGCCAGUGUGCUCAUCGAGAAUCCGGAUCCCAUGCCGGACAAUAGCUAUGCGAGCAUCCUGCGUGGGGACCAGGCAGAUGCCAUGUCUGAUUCUGCCAAAUUUCGCAAACUCUGUGAUGCCAUUGACACUCCAACGAAGCUCUAUGAUGAGCGGCAAUUUCCUCCAGUAGCCAUCGCUGCCAAGGAUUGACAACGCCGCCGCAGCCACAAGGAUAUGGUCAUUGUGACAAACAGCUGGCGGGUUAGCAAUAAACUAGGAAAUUCCUCUCCCAAGAACAAUGAAUAUCUUAUUUAAAUCCCCCCCAAUUAAAGUACUUUAAGUUCUAACAAGACAGCAAAAAUACUCCACAAAAAAUAUAUAAAAAAAAGUAUUAAUUUAUAUUUAAUUUCCAUCUUAUUCUGUAUAUAUGUGAGUGAAAAUAUUUGGCAGUGUUCUUAGUUUUCUCAUUCCGCUAAUUUAUCUUUGUCCAAUUCAGACAGAUUCUCUCUUAUGCACUUAUUCUAGCUCUGUAUUUUUGUAUGAUAUAUAGAUUUAGGCAUAGACAUAAUAUAUAUAAAUAUAUAUACUGAAGGUGAUGACUAGAAAAAUUGUGCGACAGAAGCUCAACAAAAAUCCAAAAAAGAAUGAAUGUUAAAAUAAGCAACAAAACCUGUACCUUAAUGUGGAGAGAAGUGUAACAAACGUAUUCAAUUAGCUUUGCGAAAAUUAACAUAUAAAUAUUAUAAACAUUUAAAAUGUGACAAAAGAACAGAAUAAUUUAAACUAUUAUCCUAAGUAUUCAAGUGAAGUGUUUACAAAUAUCGAAGCAAUACUUGUAUACAUAUGAUUUAUUAAUAUUAUAUUAAGAGCUAUGUAUGUAUGUCAAUA